ACACUGUCUGCUCUUUACAUUUGCAGCUCUGUCUCAUCUUCUGAUGUUCUAGGUGGUUCAUUGCAGCAACAUGUGUGGUGUAGCUCCUAGUUCACAGGAUGUUAAAAAUACAAGCCGAGCCAUGUAUAACUCAAAAAUUAAGCAAAACCAAUCCUACCAUUCAAGCAAACCAUGUAUGUGCUUGAAAUGUUACAAUUCAUUCAUCAUCAAUUUUUGCAAAUUAGCUCCUGAUACCAUCAACAUGAUCCAAGGUAUGACCUCGAACGAUGUAUCACAAGAUAUGUUUGAUACACAGCGUGGUAGACAGCUUUUAACAUUGAUCAACAGCAUAAAGAAAGGAACUGUGCAGUACCACUUAUUUUGCUACAACCUCUUUAGAGGCGUGUUCAACAAUGCUGAGCUUUUACAUGAAUACGUUACGAUACUAGAACAGCGCGGAAACGGGAAAGAAAAAUGU